CAAUUUCUCUUUCGCCGCGACUCCUUCUCGACCCUGCUUCUCUCCGCGCGCACUCGUCCUUGUAGCUUCCUUCUUGUUGAUCGUCGUGUAGAGGUCCUCCUCUGCUGGUACGUUGCUGGUCUCUCCUUCUUCCACUCAAUUAUAUCGACCUCCUUGCUCACCUCUCCCCUUCUCCAGCCCGAUCGCAGCCAUGGCGCAAUCUUCUGAUGACCGCUAUCGCCGGCCUUUCCACCCCCAACCGCCUCCUCUGCACUCGCCCCAUCCUCAAGUCCUGCAGCAGGCGCCUCGCGCAAUUCCGAACCAGGACCGCUGGGUGGCAUACUGGCACCAGCCCCCCGCCGCUGCCAUGACUCCUGAUCCACAUCAGCAGCAAUCCCCCGCUCUCUACGCUGUUCCCCCACCCCAGCACUCGCAGUAUCCCUACCAGAUCGUGAAUGGCACUCCUCAGUAUCAGGCACCUGCUCCGCAGUACAUCUCGCAGCCCUACUACGGACCACCCCAGCCGGCCGGGCAGCUCAUGGCCGUUCCUCCGCCGCCGCCGCCGCCCCCUCCGCCACCUGCUAUGCCCCACCCAGACCAGCAACAACAGCAGCAGUAUCAGCCUGUGCCCCCACAAUACGUGACCCAUUACUAUGAGCAACCGCAGUACCAGCAGUCAGUACACCCUCUUCAGCAGCAGGCCUACCACCCACCCGAGCAGCAACAGCCGCCGCCUGCCUUUGCCCAUCCCACGCUCGCUCCCCAACAACCCCCUCUACCUUCACCCUCCCCCGCAGUACAUCAGCAACAGCAGCAAUUUCAGCAGCAGCAGCAACCGCUACCAAUGCAUCAACAGCAGCAGCCACUGCAGCUACAACCGCAGCAGCCACCGCCUCCGCAACCGCCUUCCCCUUCGAAGCCGCCGUUGUCGACGUCAUCGUCCUCAUCCGUGCUUCCGCCCAUUCGCGACACUCUCGACCGACCCACCGCAAACCGCUACCCAUCGGCUCCGCGUCCUCAACUGCCGCCGUCGCGAAACUCAUUUGGCUCACAAACAAGCCCGCGGGGUUGGCCAACACAACUGCCGCUGCCUCCCAUCGGCACGCCGGCUGGUACCCCUCUGUCUGCUAAUCCGGCUCAUACUCCCCUCCCGGCGCCUAUUGAUUGGCAUGCGGCCGAGCAUCGAAAUUCACUGUCUGAUUCUUCACGCCGACAUUCUGCUACUUCUGCGCGCCAUUCGUCUGUGACGGAAAGCCCUCUCUUUCUGCAGCAGUCUCCUCAUACUCCUGCUUACCCCCAUCCCCCGCACCGAUCUUCCCUCGAUGAAAGAUUCCAUAAUCCUCCUUCUGCAACAUACUCUCCUUUCCCUCCUCCUCAGGCUGCGACACAAUCAUCGACUGACAUUCGUCCCGCUCUGGACUCGACUAUCCCUCAAUCGUCUGCUCCGCUGAGAACUGACAGCGACAGACGUCCGGCCGCUGAUGAGCCCCAUUCGAACUCGAACCAUCAGGACCAAAGAGUUGACCCAUCAGUGCAGCUCGAGAAAUAUCAUCGCCAGCAGCAACUCUACCAUCGACAGCAUCAGCGAUCAUCCGCGACGCCGCCUCUCGCAGACUCGCGAUCGUCGGCUGCUACAGAGGUGAAAGACACUGCCGCACCAAAGCCUAAACCGGCAAACCGCGGUCUGUCGGCCUUUCAGUCUUUUCACCAGCCACAGUAUGAUGGCCAGCAUGCGACAUCGCGGCCUGCUUCGCCAUCUUCACUCACCAAGCAAACGGAAUCUAGUCAGCCUGCGCAAGAGCAGACAGAAGAUAUUUCCGCCGCUAUUGAGACAGCGAGACGGAAGAGCUCUAUUGCUGCUCUUGUUUCUCCUACCUCAUCGUCCAUGCCUACAGAGUCGCCUGCGACCGACAAUCAGAAACGGCGACUUGUAACCAUCCUUCCGAAGCCACCUGCGGAGGAGGCUGACGAACCGCUACAGCAGACUCCGAAGAGCGAACCUUUGCCACCAAGAUUAAAUAAUAAGCGGAGAUGUCAAUCACACGAAGGCGAUUCACAUGAGCGGCGGAACUCCAAUGGUUAUAAUCUGUUUGUUUUGAAAACCGGAAAAGUGAGAGCUCAAGCGCAGUCUCCUGCGUACGUGGCUUCAGGGGCUAAGUUCACGUCUGUGGAGCAGUAUUCGCUGCCGAAUAUGCCAAAGCCAGCCAAACGAGGACCGAAACCAGGACAAGGGCGAAAGAAGCGCGCAUCGGUACCUCCUACAGCAUCCGAGCCGGCAGAACAACAAACUACCGCGAAAUCAAAUGUGGACAAAGCGCCGCCGUCUGAGGGUCCGACCCGGUCUACUAUCCGAAAACGGAAAUCACAGCUUCCGGUGAUGAUCUUGCGAGAGACGUCGCCUGAGCCUAGAUCGGAAGCUGUGGAGCAGGUAUCCCAGCUGGCGAUAUCUUCACUGACGCAUCCGUCCACGCCAUCGAAAGUUGUGGAUGAGCCAUUGUCGAGUGCUACGGUUGAGCCUGAGACGCCCGUGGACGAUGACUCGGAUGAGCCACCAACCGGCGACCCUUCACAACUCGAUUCUCAUGCUCCUACUUCGUCGGAUGUUGCAGAGCCUGCCACUAUUGCUUCACCCGUUCCAUCUGCUCCGACUACUGCAAGUUCUGGCUCUGAGGAGUCUGUCGACCCAUCAGCCCGUGCGGAAACUGAAGAUCAAACUACGAACGAGGAGAGUCUGCACUCCUCUAGCAAGUCAGCUGAACCGUCUACGCCAGCUUCUGAUCUCACAGAGAAGCAUUCUGCUGCUGGGGACGUGCAAAUCGUUCAGGGUGAGGUUACCAACGAGGAUGAUGUCCGGAUUUCUCCAGACGAGCCAGGUGCUGAGGAGGAAGCAGCGAAGGAUACAUCAAGAGCUGGAAUAGCAGUUGAGCCUCUAGAGGUGUCUACUACGCAAGCUGUAGAGCAAGCGGAGGAGACUCGUGAGCCUCCUGUGGAAGAUGACACCAAUCACGACUCUUCACAUCCACUUGUCGAUGAGUCCCAACCAGACGCUAUCGAGGGCGAGACAGUUUCCUCGCGAUCGCCGAGUUUAGCGCCCGCGUCGGAUUUGGCGUCGUCAAAGGACCUGCGAAGUAAUUCGCCCCAUAAUUCUGUGUCUCCUGAGUCGCCUAAGCUAGCGUCUGAGGCGCUGCCGGUCGAGGUCGACGGUGACCGCGAGUUGCUGAAAGAUGUCGAUGCGACGUUAUUGCGAGAGAGUAGUCCGAAAGCUGCGGAGACUGUGAUUUCUGAAAUACCCGAAGAUGCCGCCGAUCCAAUUGAGAUAGACCCGGUAACCUCCGAGCCCGCUGGCGAAGACGACGCAACAGCCUUGUCCAGCGGUGAGCAGAUCGAGUCUUUGGCAGAUGGACGGCCACAGCACAAUAAGAGAGUGCCAAAGAAGAAGCGGGCAUUGUCGACUUCAGCAAGUGAGAAAGAGACACUCGAUCUCACGCCUCCGAGUGCAUCGACGCGUAAACGGAAGGCGAAUUAUUUUAAUGAUAGUUUUGGAGAUGAUGCGGACGAUGAUGACGAUGGAUUUGAUGACGACGAAAUGCUGUCCAACGACGAAGAUCAGACUCUGUCUCCUCAUUCAGCUAAAAAGCCACGCAGAAUAUUGAAAUUGUCUGUUACUCCUACACAGACGGCGAGAGCAGUUACAAAGAAAGCGGCGCAGCCAUAUACACCUUCUAUCGAGGGCACACCAGGAUCCGGAGACUCGACGGCGAUGAACAAGACCAAGUUCGAGCACCACUUUUCGGCCGAGGGAGCGUUUGCAGAGCUUUUGGCUGCCGCAAAGGAGCUGAUGAACGUGGUAAACAUGACUGCUCCCUCGACAGCCGAAGACCGCGAGACGUCUAAUCCGAAGAAACAUCUUGAUUUCACCGAGGUAGCGCUGCACAACGGCCAUGAUUACAUCUCAGACCAGAAGGGCACUCGCGACAAGCGCGAACUUGGCCACAAGACGUGGCUGAAGAACGUGAUCAAGGGCCGCGCUGAACUGUCUUCGAAGAACAUGAAUGCGAUUCUCAAGCUGCGGCAGUGGCUGAAAUGGUGGUGGACCGAUAUUGCUGCGCGGCACUGCGAAAAUCAGGUUCACGGGUCAUGGGGAAAGCGGACGCAGAUUUCGCGAUCGUGGCAGGCGACGUACGAUGUUUCUGCGAGUAUCGUGCACGCGCGACUGCGGCAGUGCGAGCGGGUGUACGAGCUGCAGUACCGAUGCGGAUGGCCUGCGCUCGUGCUCGCGACGAUGGCCACACCGGCAGUAGGACCCACGCACCGGAUGCGCAAGUCUCAUCUGGAGCGAGGAUGUGACGCGACGCAGAUUGCGCAGAAGGAUUGGUCCGAGUUCAUUGCGCUUGCCGAGUCGCGGAUGGAGGAGAUCCGCGCGGCGGUCAUCGAGCAGUGCGGGUACGACGGCAUUCGACGGAUCAUCGAGCGCGCGGCUGCGUUGCGGCCGAUGACGUUGCAGAAUCUGGCGUUGUUUCCGCCGUACAAGUAUGCGGAGGACGCGGACACGAUUGUGGUUAUCCCGCGGCUUGUGUCGUACAGAAAAGAGAGCGAUGGCGCCGUUCAUAAGAAGAAGAAGAAGAAGUCAAAGAAAUCAAAGAAGUCAAAGGAGCGGGUGUAGGCGAUGUCCGACGAUAUAAAUAAAACGAACAUAGAGUCUCAUUGCAGGUGUUUUCUGUAUUGUUUAUGGUUAUUUGUUGUUAUUUGAUAGUGAUUGAUGGUGCGUGAGGGUUGUUAUCGGUUUGGUUUUGUGGAAAUUUGUUUAGAUUCAUUUGGUUGAAAUAUAUCCUUAUUUACUA